AUGUCUAAAUCUCGAACCGCUGCUGCUUCUUCUUUUUCUUUUAAUUCGGCAUCCACAUCAUCAACAGCUGCUGCUUCCAAGAUGAAAUCAAGUAUUGUGCGAAUGGCACGUGAACCUAAUACGGCUGUUGUACUUCAUCCUCUGAAUAGUUCUAUUAUUACAUUAGAUCUCUGUAUUCAAUUAGAUGCAUCUAAAGAUACAUUAUGGCAGAAGAAUAUGGCAAGAGAUGAAAAUGAAAUUGCGAGUAAAACACUUGCUCGUCUUCAAAUUCUUAUUUCACAACAAAAAGGAGAAAAAAUAAAUAAACGAACAACAAGAGAAGAAAUACUUGAAAAUUGUCAAGCCAUAGAAGUUCGUGGAGUUGAUAGUAAUGUAGAUUUAGAAAAGAAGGAUUCAAUAAGUAAUACAAAUUCAUUAAAAGUAUUGGAUACUUCAUUACCGAAUAAAGACUUUUGGAAAUAUGUUAGAGAAAUUUUAAUUGGUACUAUUGUUGUAAGAGUAAAAUAUAAUGUUCCUACGAUUACAUCUGUUGUACCACCUUCUGCUCUUUAUGUUGGUUUACCUGCGGUUUGUUCCGGUAUUACAACUCUCUUCACAUCAGAAACAGAUGUACGUUAUGAAUGGUGUAUUCGUAGUUGUGGUAAAAAUGAAAAAGAUUCAAUGCGUGUUAUUUCUACAGAUGCUGUCUUUACACCAUUGGAAGAACAUAUAGGGAAUUUACUUUUACUGCGUGUUUCACCUGCUGGAGAUUCAGAUUUAUGGACACAAAUUGAUUUACCUCCUGUUCGUAGCGCAUUACCAUAUCUUGAACGUUGGAAACAGACUUCACUACCUGUUAAAGCUCCUGCAUUUCGAGUCGUUACGUAUAAUGUCCUUCACGAUGAGUUUUGUAGUAAAGGUAGUGCAAAGAAACGUAUUUACCCGUUUGCAACAGAUGAGAUAUUAUCUUUAGAUAAUCGAAAGGUACGAAUAAUACAAGAACUUCUUGCUUACCAUGCAGAUAUUAUUUGUCUUCAAGAAUGUGGAAAAAGUGUAUUUCAACAAUUUUUUGAACGUACUUUACGUCAUCAGGGAUAUGAUGGACAUUAUACAAAUAAAAAUGGUGGAAUACGUGAGGGUUGUGCAUGUUUUUACAAACGUAGUCGUUUUUCUCUUGUAGAAAAACAUUCAUUUCCUCUUAAUUGGUCUACUUUACAAGAAGAUCAUCCAGAUUUAGCUGCACGAAUAAUAUUUUUUCCCGAAUUUCGAGAGGCACUUGAUAAUAUAACUUCCAUUGGUACUGUAUUAUUAUUAAAAGAUCUUCAUACGAAUGAGAAACUCUUAGUUGGAAAUACACAUCUCUUUUAUCACGCCAAUGCCUGUCAUAUUCGUCUUUUACAAAUUUAUAUGUUACUACACAAAUUAAAAUCUCUUUCUGAAUUGCAAUCACUUCCUGUUGUUCUCUGUGGAGAUUUUAAUUUCACUCACAUUACCGGUGGAUAUCGACUGGUGACGGCUGGACGUACGGAGGCCUCUCAUCCCUCAUGGGAUAAGGGUGAACUCUUCCACUGGGGAUGUGAUCGACUGCUGGGGAUUAGCGAAGAAGAGGCAGAAGAGGGAAUUCCCACAAGUGAUGAGAAUCAUCCCGCACUCCCACCAAUCACCAAAACAACAACAGAAAAAGAAAAAGAAACAAAAACAGAAAAAGAUGAGGAAAUGCAAGUUGAACGUCAACCGCCGUUUGUUGCAUUUCGUGAGGAUCUUGAUGCCCCUCUGCAAUUGACAGAUGCGUAUGGUUUGACAGACCCAAAUCUACCGUGGACAAAUUACACCAUGACCUUCCGUGAAGUUAUUGAUUAUAUCUUUUUCUCACCAUCACGACUCUCUGUUCUGCGUACAGUUCCUAUUCCUGCGGAGAGUGAACUUUCUCAGAAUGUUGCGUUGCCUAAUAAACUUUAUCCAUCAGAUCACAUUGCUUUAAUUGCAGAUUUGACGUAUAAGCCACAGGAGUCAUCGUCAUAA